AAUAGAGUAUUUAUUUAUUUAUACAUUAAAAAAAGGACAAAUAAAAAGGGAUAGAAAGAAAGAAGACAUAUGCUGUAAAGCACGCACACACGCAUACGGGAGAAUACGGCAAACCACACCCCGGUUCUGCCGCUGUACCGUUCUUGAACCCGGUUCUCAAUCCGCUUACCUAAGACGACGUCGACGCCAGACAAACCUUGCCGGUAAGUGGUGGCGCCGCUCCCCGAUUUCCGCUCGAAAUCCAAAAGUCAAUCCACCUCAAACUACUGUUGCCCCUUUCUUAUUGAAAUCGAUUCCGCCUCCAAUUCUUAUUAUCAAAGGCAAUGGCACAAACGGGAGAUGUCUGGGUCAAGGAAUAUACUGAUGCAGCAAAGCUUGCGGAAGAUAUAACUAAAAUGAUAUCUGAACGAAGUUCGUUGCCUGCAACUGGGGCAGAGGCUCAGCGUCAUUCGUCUGCUAUAAGGAGGAAAAUUACUAUAUUAGGAACUAAACUUGAUAGCUUAGGGCCUCUUUUGUCCAAACCAUCUGCAAAGCAGCAUUUGAGUGAUAAAGAGAAGAAACGCCGCCAGGACAUGCUUGCGAACUUAAAAACAAAAGCAGAUCAGAUGGCAUCCACUUUGAACAUGUCCCAUUUUGCGAAUAGAGACAGCUUACUUGGACCAGAACAAAAGCCUGUGGAUGCGAUGAGUAGAACAAAUGGUCUCGACAAUUCUGGUAUUGUUGGUCUUCAGCGACAAAUAAUGAAAGAACAAGAUGAAGGCCUGGAGAAGUUGGAGGAGACAGUAAUAAGCACCAAGCAUAUUGCACUAGCUGUCAAUGAAGAACUUAGCUUGCAAACAAGACUCAUCGAUAAUCUUGACGAACAUGUUGAUAUUACAGACUCCCGCCUACAGCGAGUACAAAAGAGGCUUGCAGUAUUGAGCAAGCGCACGAAGGGCGGCUGCUCGUGCAUGUGCAUGCUUUUCUCUGUCAUCGGAGUUGUGGCUCUCGUCAUCGUCAUAUAUUUGCUGUUCAAAUACUUGUAAUGAUGCCCACGUCCACAUGUAUGGAAUUACAACAAAAGCCUCCUUACUAGCUUGUUUUCAAGGAUGGAUUGUGUGCAUGUCUUUCUGUUUUUUGCUGUCUUGUGAAUUGGACAAAGUUUGGAUCUAAAUGCAACACAUAUAUGCCUUUGAGUGUGUUUAUA